CCGCGCGCACACUGAAUAGUCCUUUUAUUUAUUUAAUUUUUUUUUCUGUUUAUUUACAUUUUUUGUUUGACGAGCGACUUUGAAUCGUGUUUUGUGCAUUUUGCAUGCGCUUGCGUGCAGUAAAAAAUACAAAUAAUUUAUACAAAAAACCAAAAACAAAAACAAAACAAUCAUAUACAAAUAGAGAAUUGAGCAGAGAUCGUGGAACGUGGCACGUGGAACGCGGUGCGCGGAACGGGAGGGGAUCGUGGAUCGUGGAUCGCGUGUCGCUGAAAUGUUUUGUGCGGCACAACAAAUUCAAAUUGGUUGCAGCGAAAGUGCGGCAACAUUAAUUAGACAACAGUUGCAGCAGCGAACGGCCUCGGUGGCGGCGUCGGCGGCGGCAGCAGCAGCAGCAGCAGUAGGCGUGGCAGUUGUUGGUGCUCGCAGCCAGCAUCAAUGUAGUCAAUUGGACACUUUGAACGCUCCCAGAUGAACGAAUGGUGGUGAUCCUUCUACUAGCGCCAUGCACAUGCAGCCAAAGCAGCAGCAGCAGCAUCAGCAUCAGCACCACCAACACCAACACCAACACCAACAACACCAACAGCACUCACAGCCACGCCCACCAUCAAGAGCAGCCACAGCUAACAGAAGAGCUAAGCUCGAGCUGCAGCAACAGCAGCAGCAGCAAGAGCAAUGGCAAUCAAUCCUCGACCGCAUCCACUGGCAUUACGGCCAUACCAGCGAGCGUUUAUCGCACCACCCAGUUGCACCACUGGCCUAGUCAUAGUCAUAGCCAACAGCCUUCGCCUUCGCCUUCGUCUUUACCUUUGCCUUCGUCCUCGCCCUCGCCCUUUGCUGCUGCUGCUGCCGUUGCUGCUGCAGCUGCAAAUGUGGUGCCAAAGCCGCCGCGCAGCUAUCUCUAUGCCAGCGCACCACUGGUGUUACGCAUCUAUGCGCAGCCAGCAACGAGCCAACCACUGCCACAGGCUCAGCCACUACAGACAUCUGCCAGCUAUACUACUAACAAUCCUAAUAAAUCGCACAGGAAGAGAGAGAAGCCGAGCGCUGGUCGCACCACUGGCGGUCGCCAUCGCAAUCGCACCACCAGCGCCGACUACGUGCGUCACGUGACCCGCGUUAAUUUCUACGACGUUGAUACUUCGCAGGUCGAAUUCGAGCCCAAAGAUGAUGACGAGAGCAACGAGGCAACUGCCAACAAUUGCGAUACAGAAGCUAUAACCAAAGAAGAGGAAUGGAUAACGAAGCGCAAGACGGAGCUAACGACAACGAGACAAAUCGAGACGCGUGUGAAGCGACAGGUGAAGCUGCAGGAUGGCAAGGUGAUAGAGGAUUCGGGUCCAAUAGUUUCCACAAAUACAACGGAGGAUACGGACAAGCAGGAAACGGAAACCUCGGAGAAACGUGACUUGGGCCUGCCGGAUGAUUUGGAUGGCAAUGCACAGCUGAUCGAUGCCGCAGCCUUGCAGGCGGGCGCUGCGAAUGAAACGCAGCUGGCUCAAUUGCAGGAGGCAUUCGGCAUCGAUGGCGGCAAGCUGGUCAAGCGCAUGGUGCCGCGUCCUGGCGAUGGCUUGGUGCGGCAAGUGGACGAUAAACGCGUCAUAUCGCACGAGGAGAUCAAGGACUAUCAGGAGACGCAGGAUGUCAAGCACAUGGGCGACAUCACAGACGAGACCUACGUGAAGGCCGUUCGUGACGGUGUUGAGGAUCUAGAGGCGGUGCUCUGCUCGCCGGAGAGUCAGCAGCAGUUGGUGGCGCUUGGGCCGCAGCUGGUGGCCAAUACGAGCAGAUCCCGGAAGACAAUCGACUCGGAGGAUACGCAGAAGCGUUGCCUGGCCCAGGAGGACGGCACACUGGUAACCGAAAGUAAGCGCACCACCGAGCACGAACUAAUACUCGACGGCGACGAGGAACCGGAUCAGCCAGAGGCUCAGCUGGUGGGCGAUGAACGGUUGAUCACAACGGCUGCGAAUCAGCGGUUCUUCAAGCAGCGCGACGAACAGCAUGUGGAUCUGAUAGCCGACGGCAAACUGGUGGCCACCGAGAUGCGCUACGCGGCGGAGACAACGCAAAUGGAAAAGGAUGGCUCGCUCGAGCGGCCGGGCGACUGGGACAGCCUAUCGGAUCGCAUGCGCAAGCUGCGACGCACACAGCAGCAGCAGCAGCAGAAAGAGGUGGCCCUGCUGGCCGAUCGCAAAGAUGCGCUGACCAAGCGACCGCUCGACUUCGAUCGGGAGGAGGAGACGCGCAAGGGCGAGACCAUGAAAUGGCUCGAAUCGCACUUUGGCAGCGAGUCAACAGCGUCGAAUGAUUCGCGCGACGACGAGGCCAACGAGCUGGAUGUGGAGCCCACCAAGAAAAGUUACUUCAACGUGACCAUCAAAUCGCAAAGCCAGCAGCCAACAGCAGCCGCCGCAGCAGCAGCAGCAGCAGCGGCGGCAGCGGCAGCGGCUGCAGCUGCCAAUGCAGUCAACAAUCAAACGCUGCCACGAAGUGGAGACAGAGAGCGGGAGCGAGAGCGCGAGCGUGAGCGAGAAAGAGAACGGGAAAGAGAGCGGGAGCGGGAGCGGGAGCGGGAGCGUAGCACACUGGAACGAAAGUAUGUAAAGGAUGCUGGACGCGGCAAAUACUAUCAGGGCAUCUCGAAUUGGUCGGAGCGCAAGGAGGCGCCCACGCUCAAUCACUUCUCGACGCAAGCGUUUCGCGAGGAUCUGCAGGAGACGAUACGCCGCAAGCAGCUGAACGGAACGCCAGACGUGCUGCCGCCCAGCAGCGACAGCUACGUGAGCCGCGAGGAUAUUUUGCAGCAGAAGCGCCAGAGCUUGUCCUCGCAGUUCUUGGCCAGAUCGGCGCGCGGCUCACGCGAUGCACUCGACGAUCUGGAUGCCAUACCGGGACCAGGCGCCAUGCGCCAGCAGCUAGCGGCAGCCGUGCCAGUCGGCGUUGCAGCUGCAGCCGGCGUUGGUGUCGCCGUUGGCGCCGUGCAGCAAGCGAGCGGCUUGCGCAACGAGGAGCCGUCGCUUAAGCGUGUCGCCUAUGGCCAGUUGCAUGGCCAUGGGCGCAGCAGCAGCAAUCCAGUUAGUCAGCUGCCAUUGAAUGGGCGUGGCAAGAGCGCGACACAGCUUGAGUUUGCCAUGAGCAGCAGCAGCAGCAAUUUGGGGCGACCCACAGUGCCGCAGCGACGACGUGCCAUUGAGAAGAAGAUCGUCGAGCAUGGCCAUGGUCAUGCUCAUCUCACAGCAGGCAACGGCAACAGCAACAAGAACAACAAGCUGCUGCCAACGAGUGCCCUAACGCAGUUGGAGCCGCCGCCCGACUACUCGCCGCCGCCGCGUAGCCGCAGCCGCAGUCGCAGCUCCUCGCCGCAGGUGGAUUACAUGAUUAAUCGGCCGCUCAAUCGGCAAAUGCCGAAUGUCCCAAUGGAGCCGACGGUCUCCAGCACGAUGACGCUGAACCGCAAGCAGCAGCAGCGCACGCGCUUUGCGCCCAGCUCCAGCUAUCCGGCGGCUAUCAAUGGGCACACCUCGAUGUCCACCUCGAACCUGUCCACGCAGACCAGCAGCAGCAGCAAGCCCAGCAAGAUGGGCCAGGUCAUUGGCAAUUCGCUGCGCAAGCUGGUGAGCAAGAUACGUUCGGCGAGCGCUGAGCGCAAGUUUCGCAUGAAGAGCGCUGCGAGCAAGUCGCGCGAACAGUCGCCCAAUCCCAAUCAGACGACGGCCCAGCAACUGACCACAUAUCAGCAAUAUAAUGUCAUCGAUGGCCAUAUUGGUGGCAAUGGCAACGGCAACGGCAGCGGCAGCGGCAACAACAAUGGACAGCUGCGUCACAGCAGCAAUGAGUCGGAGAGUUCGCUGCGUCAAGCGAGCAGCUUCAAGCGCGCCGAGUCAGCGGAAACCCAGUCGAUGAGUCCGCGCCAGCGCUACUAUUUGGGCGAGGAUCCCUACUCGAGCACGCUCUAUGGCAAGGAGAACAUAUACGAGCGGCAUGCGCAUGGACGCGCCGCCGCCAGGCAGCCCAGAUACCAAGAGGAUGACUACUACGACACGCGAGCAGCAACGGCAGCAACGGCGGCCGCAGCAGCCACAGCGACAACAACCACAACUUUGGGUCGCUAUCAGAAGCAUGGACAGCGCUUCAGUGGCUCGACGCCGAAUCUGCUGCAAAUGCAGCCAGACUUUAGGAACGCUCAAACGCUGCCGCGCAAGCUGCACGAGCCAACGAAUCCAUAUCGUGCGCAGCCGCGCUACAAUCAGACAUUGGAAAAGAAGCCUCAAUAUAUGACGGCAGCAGCAGCUCAGCAGCAGCAGCAGCAGCCGGCGCCGCGACAGCUCAGCCAAGCCAUGGAGCAGGGCCCCGCGAAGCCGGCGCGCACCUAUGCCAAGGUCUUGAAUCGCAGCAAAAGCUUCAAUGUGCACGGCAUGAAUGGCAGCAACGAUCCUAGUCCCAUUUACAUCGAAAAAUUGACUCGAAACAAUUACAACAGCAACAACAACAGCAAUGGCAACGGCAAUGGCAACAGCAAUGGCAACGGCAAUGGCAAGCAGGAGUUGGCGGUGCAAACGCAACUGCAGCUGCAGGCAUACAAAUCGAAUCCGCAUCUCUAUCAAGCCAAGGACAAUUCGCUGAAGAGCGGCCUGAAGAGUCCGUCGAUUGUGAAUCUGAUUAGUCGCAGUCAGAAGGACCUCACCAAAAUAGCCAGCAACGACGAUGAUCUCUAUGCCACGGAGGACAACAACAAUAAGACGCAGCUCUAUCUGCGCAAUCUGCAUCAGCAGGCGCCCGAUCUGUAUCGCGUGCUGCAUGGCGACGAGACCGACUAUGCCACCCGGCACAAGUAUCCGCUGCAGCCGAAGUAUUCGCUGGACUCGCGGGCGCCGCCAACUGUGGAGCUCAACAAGGAUACGGCGAGCAUUGUGCGACGCAGCAGCGAUGAGCAUAAGAGGCAGCUCUAUGCCGAUGAGCAGCAGCAGCAGCAGCAUGCACACAUACACACACACGCGCACACACACGCACAGCCACAUCACAUGCAUGCGGCCCACAUGCAGCAACAGCAGCAGCAGCAGCUGCGUCGCGGCUCUGGCGCCACCAUCAUUGAGCUGCGCCAGCGCAAGUAAACUCUAUGCCUUGCCCCCUUCUAACCAGCCACACACACAGACCACCCUUACUGCUCUCCCUCCUCUCUCUUUCACUCUC